GUGGGCCCAUCCCACCAUUCGUAGAUAAUUACAGAAUUAAGAUAAAAGAAUUUGCAAACGAACUGUCAAAUAUGGCAAUACUCAGAAGGAUAUUUGAUGCAAAUAAACUUAAAUAUGAUUCCCUGACAUUUGAAUUCGAUACUGCAAAUGAAGGAUUUGAGCUUUACAAUGAUAAUUAA